CCCUCACGCUGCCGGCUGCCCGCGCCGCCGCAGUCCGGCCGCCGAGCGCGCCAGGGGCUCUUGCCUGCUGCGCCGCCUCCUCUCCCGCGCGCCGCGCAGCCAGCCACGUGGACGACUCCGGCGCGCUGUACUCGCCUGUUCUAGGGGGGCUUACAGCGCCUCCCGCGUCUCUGAGCUCGCCCCCGCCUCAGCUCCGUCCCCAUGGCCACCUUGGUGUUGGAGGACGGGUCGGUGCUGCGGGGCCGGCCCUUCGGGGCCGCCGUGUCGACUGCUGGGGAAGUGGUGUUCCAAACCGGCAUGGUCGGCUAUCCCGAGGCCCUCACUGACCCUUCCUACAAAGCACAAAUCUUAGUGCUGACAUACCCUCUGAUCGGCAACUACGGCAUCCCCCCAGAAGAAGUGGACGAGUUUGGCCUCAGCAAGUGGUUUGAAUCCUCGGAGAUCCAUGUGGCAGGACUAGUUGUAGGAGAAUGCUGCUCCACGCCCAGCCACUGGAGUGCCUCGUGCACCCUGCAUGAGUGGCUGCAGCAGCAUGCCAUCCCUGGUCUGCAAGGCGUGGAUACUCGGGAGCUGACUAAGAAGUUGCGGGAACAAGGGUCUCUGCUAGGGAAGCUUGUCCAGAAUGGGACAGAGCCUUCAGACCUGCCAUUCUUGGAUCCCAAUGCCCGCCCCUUGGUGCCAGAGGUCUCCAUUAAGACUCCCCGGGUGUUCAAUGCAGGGGGUGCCCCUCGGAUCCUUGCUUUGGACUGUGGCCUCAAGUAUAAUCAGAUCCGAUGUCUCUGCCAGCGUGGGGCUCAGGUCACUGUGGUCCCCUGGGACUAUACAUUAGACAGCCAGGAGUAUGAUGGUCUCUUCCUAAGUAAUGGCCCUGGUGAUCCUGCCUCCUAUCCUAAUGUGGUAUCCUCACUGAGCUGUGUCUUAUCUGAGCCUAAUGCCCGACCUGUCUUUGGUAUCUGCCUGGGACACCAGCUGUUGGCCUUAGCCAUUGGGGCCAAGACUUAUAAGAUGAGAUACGGAAACCGUGGCCAUAACCAGCCCUGUUUGCUGGUGGGCUCUGGGCGCUGCUUUUUGACAUCCCAGAACCACGGAUUUGCUGUGGAAGCAGACUCACUGCCAGCAGGCUGGGCUCCUCUAUUCACCAAUGCCAAUGAUGGCUCCAAUGAAGGCAUUGUACACGACAGCCUGCCCUUCUUCAGUGUCCAGUUUCACCCAGAGCACCGAGCUGGCCCUUCAGAUAUGGAACUACUUUUUGAUAUUUUUCUGGAAACAGUGAGAGAGACUGCAUCUGGGAACCCUGGGGGCCAGACAGUCCGAGAGCGGCUGGCUGAGCGCCUCUGUCCUCCUGGGAUUCCCACCCCUGGCUCUGGGCUUCCACCACCACGAAAGGUUCUGAUCCUAGGCUCAGGGGGUCUCUCCAUUGGCCAAGCUGGAGAGUUUGACUACUCAGGCUCUCAGGCGAUUAAAGCCCUGAAGGAGGAGAACAUUCAGACGUUGCUGAUCAACCCCAAUAUUGCCACAGUGCAGACCUCUCAAGGGCUGGCUGACAAAGUCUAUUUCCUUCCUAUAACACCUCACUAUGUAACCCAGGUGAUACGUAAUGAACGUCCAGAUGGGGUGUUACUGACCUUUGGGGGCCAGACAGCCCUGAACUGUGGCGUGGAGCUAACCAAGGCCGGGGUGUUAGCUCGGUAUGGGGUCCGGGUCCUGGGUACACCAGUGGAGACCAUUGAGCUGACUGAGGACCGACGUGCCUUUGCUGCCCGAAUGGCAGAGAUCGGAGAGCAUGUGGCCCCUAGUGAGGCAGCAAAUUCUCUUGAACAGGCUCAGGCAGCCGCUGAGCGACUAGGCUACCCUGUGUUAGUGCGUGCAGCCUUUGCCCUGGGUGGUCUAGGCUCUGGCUUUGCCUCCACCAAAGAGGAGCUCUCAACUCUUGUGGCCCCUGCUUUUGCCCAUACCAGCCAGGUGCUGAUAGAUAAGUCCCUGAAAGGCUGGAAGGAGAUUGAGUAUGAGGUGGUGAGAGAUGCCUAUGGCAACUGUGUGACGGUGUGUAAUAUGGAGAACUUGGACCCACUGGGCAUCCACACUGGAGAGUCCAUAGUGGUGGCUCCAAGUCAGACUCUGAAUGAUAGAGAGUACCAGCUCCUACGACAGACAGCUAUCAAGGUGACCCAGCACCUGGGAAUCAUUGGGGAGUGCAAUGUUCAAUAUGCCUUGAACCCGGAGUCAGAGCAGUAUUAUAUCAUCGAAGUGAAUGCCAGGCUCUCCCGCAGCUCUGCCUUGGCCAGUAAGGCCACAGGCUAUCCACUAGCCUAUGUAGCAGCCAAGCUAGCUUUGGGCAUUCCCCUGCCUGAGCUCAGAAACUCUGUUACGGGGGGAACAGCAGCAUUUGAACCCAGCCUGGACUACUGUGUGGUGAAGAUUCCUCGCUGGGACCUCAGCAAGUUUCUGCGUGUCAGCACAAAGAUUGGGAGCUGCAUGAAGAGUGUUGGUGAAGUCAUGGGCAUCGGACGUUCAUUUGAAGAGGCUUUCCAGAAGGCCCUGCGCAUGGUAGAUGAGAACUGCAUGGGCUUUGAUCACACAGUGAAGCCAGUCAGCGAUGUGGAGUUGGAGACACCAACAGAUAAACGGAUCUUUGUGGUGGCCGCUGCUCUACGGGCUGGUUAUUCGGUGGAGCGCCUAUACGAACUCACACGCAUCGACUGCUGGUUCCUGCACCGAAUGAAGCGCAUCGUGGCCCAUGCCCAGCUGCUGGAACAACACCGAGGACAGCCUCUUCCCCCAGACCUGCUGCACCAGGCCAAGUGCCUUGGCUUCUCAGACAAGCAGAUUGCCCUUGCAGUUCUGAGGUCAGAGACGGUAGUGAGGAUGUGGGACAGAGAGCCUUUGUGCCAAGAAGGGCCACAGGGGGCGAUGGGGACCUUCAUCCCUAGGGUAUUUUCCUCUCUAGUUCUUGUGCUGGGACCUCACCCCUUUGCAGUAUCCAUCCCACUCCCAGGGUCUGUGUUUCUCUUCUCCUCCUUUAGCACAGAACUGGCUGUUCGCAAGCUGCGUCAGGAAUUGGGGAUCUGCCCAGCAGUAAAACAGAUUGACACAGUUGCAGCUGAGUGGCCAGCCCAGACAAACUACUUGUAUCUGACAUACUGGGGCAACACCCAUGACCUCACCUUUCAAACACCACAUGUCCUGGUCCUGGGCUCUGGUGUCUACCGUAUUGGCUCCAGUGUUGAGUUUGAUUGGUGUGCUGUAGGCUGCAUCCAGCAGCUGAGAAAGAUGGGGUAUAAGACCAUUAUGGUAAACUACAACCCAGAGACAGUCAGCACCGAUUAUGAUAUGUGUGACCGACUCUACUUUGACGAGAUCUCUUUUGAGGCGGUGAUGGACAUCUAUGAGUUAGAAAACCCUGAAGGUGUAAUCCUCUCCAUGGGUGGGCAACUGCCCAACAACAUGGCCAUGGCGUUGCAUCGGCAGCAGUGCCGGGUGCUGGGCACCUCCCCUGAAGCCAUUGACUCAGCUGAGAACCGAUUCAAGUUCUCCCGGCUCCUUGACACCAUUGGUAUCAGCCAGCCUCAGUGGAGGGAGCUCAGUGACCUAGAGUCUGCUCAUCAGUUCUGCCAGACCGUGGGGUAUCCUUGUGUGGUACGCCCCUCCUAUGUGCUGAGUGGUGCUGCUAUGAAUGUGGCCUACACUGAUGGGGACCUGGAACGCUUCCUGAGCAAUGCAGCAGCUGUCUCCAAGGAGCACCCAGUGGUUAUCUCCAAGUUCAUCCAGGAAGCUAAGGAGAUUGAUGUGGAUGCUGUGGCCUGUGAUGGUGUGGUGGCAGCCAUCGCCAUCUCCGAGCACGUAGAGAAUGCAGGUGUACAUUCAGGUGAUGCCACAUUGGUGACCCCCCCACAAGACAUCACCCCCAAAACUCUGGAGCGGAUCAAAGCCAUUGUGCAUGCUGUGGGCCAGGAGCUCCAGGUCAUGGGACCCUUCAAUCUGCAGCUCAUUGCCAAGGACGACCAGCUGAAAGUUAUUGAAUGCAACGUGCGUGUCUCUCGCUCCUUCCCCUUUGUCUCCAAGACACUAGGUGUUGACCUAGUAGCCUUGGCCACACGGGUCAUCAUGGGAGAGAAGGUGGAACCUGUGGGGCUCAUGACUGGUUCUGGAGUUGUGGGGGUAAAGGUGCCUCAGUUCUCCUUCUCCCGCUUGGCGGGUGCUGAUGUGGUAUUAGGUGUGGAGAUGACCAGCACUGGGGAGGUUGCUGGCUUUGGGGAGAGCCGUUGUGAGGCCUACCUCAAGGCCAUGCUAAGCACUGGCUUUAAGAUCCCCAAGAAAAACAUCCUGCUCACCAUUGGCAGCUAUAAGAACAAAAGUGAGCUGCUCCCAACUGUGCGGCUGCUGGAGAGCCUGGGCUACAGCCUCUAUGCCAGUCUGGGCACAGCUGACUUCUACACGGAGCAUGGUGUCAAGGUAACAGCUGUAGACUGGCACUUUGAGGAGGCCGUGGAUGGCGAAUGCCCACCACAGAGGAGCAUCUUGGAGCAACUGGCUGAGAAUCAUUUUGAACUAGUGAUUAAUCUGUCAAUGCGUGGGGCUGGGGGCCGGCGUCUCUCUUCCUUUGUCACCAAGGGCUAUCGUACCCGACGCCUGGCUGCUGACUUCUCUGUGCCUCUCAUCAUUGAUAUCAAGUGCACCAAACUCUUUGUGGAGGCUCUGGGGCAGAUCGGGCCAGCACCUCCUCUGAAGGUACAUGUAGACUGCAUGACCUCCCAGAAGCUGGUUCGACUACCUGGAUUGAUUGAUGUUCACGUGCACCUGCGGGAACCAGGUGGGACACACAAGGAGGAUUUUACCUCAGGAACAGCUGCUGCCCUGGCCGGGGGUGUCACCAUGGUUUGUGCUAUGCCUAAUACCCGGCCCCCCAUCAUCGAUGCCCCUGCUCUGGCCCUUGCCCAGAAGCUGGCGGAGGCUGGUGCCCGCUGUGACUUUGCCCUCUUCCUUGGGGCCUCACCUGAAAAUGCAGGGACUCUGGGUACUGUGGCUGGGUCUGCAGCAGGACUGAAGCUCUACCUCAAUGAGACCUUCUCUGAGCUGCGGCUGGACAGUGUGGCCCAGUGGAUGGAGCACUUUGAAACAUGGCCAUCACACCUCCCCAUUGUGGUCCAUGCAGAGAAGCAGACUGUCGCUGCCGUCCUCAUGGUGGCUCAGCUGACCCAGCGCUCAGUGCACAUAUGUCAUGUGGCACGGAAGGAGGAGAUCCUACUGAUUAAAGCUGCAAAGGCGCAGGGGCUGCCAGUGACCUGUGAGGUGGCACCACAUCACCUGUUCCUAAGCCAAGAUGACCUGGAGCGACUUGGGCAUGGAAAGGGGGAUGUCCGGCCUAAGCUUGGCUCCCGCCAGGAUGUGGAAGCCCUAUGGGAGAAUAUGGCUGUCAUUGACUGCUUUGCCUCAGACCAUGCCCCCCACACCUUGGAGGAGAAGUGUGGGUCCCAUCCUCCACCCGGCUUCCCGGGGCUGGAGACCAUGCUGCCACUGCUGCUGACGGCUGUGAGUGAGGGCAGGCUCACUCUGGACGACCUGCUGCAGCGACUGCACCACGGUCCUCGGCGGAUCUUCCACCUGCCCCCACAGGAGGACACCUAUGUGGAGGUGGAUCUGGAGCAUGAGUGGACAAUCCCCAGCCACAUGCCCUUCUCCAAGGCACACUGGACACCCUUCGAAGGGCAGAAGGUGAAAGGCACUGUCCGCCGUGUAGUCUUGCGAGGAGAGGUUGCUUAUAUUGACGGUCAGGUGCUGGUGCCUCCAGGCUAUGGACAGGAUGUUCGGAAGUGGCCUCAGGGUGCUGUUCCCCAGCCCCCGCCCUCAGCCCCUGCCACCAGUGAGAUAACCACGACGCCCGAGAGGCCGCGCCGGGGCAUCCCAGGUGUUCCUGAUGGCCGCUUUCACCUGCCACCCCGAAUCCACCGAGCCUCUGACCCAGGUCUGCCAGCUAUGUUCCUCCGCCCAGAAGCUUGGAUCUCAUGGGGCAGCCGAGCGUGGGCUGAAGAGCCGAAGGAGAAAUCCUCUCGGAAGGCAGUGGAGCCAGAGCUGAUGGGAACCCCUGAUGGCACCUGCUACCCUCCACCACCAGUACCUAGACAGGCGUCACCACAGAACCUGGGGGCCCCUGGCCUGCUGCACCCUCAGACCUCACCCCUGCUGCACUCAUUAGUGGGCCAACAUAUCCUCUCCGUCAAGCAGUUCACCAAGGAUCAGAUGUCUCAUCUGUUCAAUGUGGCACACACACUUCGGAUGAUGGUGCAGAAAGAGCGAAGCCUCGACAUUCUCAAGGGGAAGGUCAUGGCCUCCAUGUUCUACGAAGUGAGCACACGGACCAGCAGCUCCUUUGCAGCGGCCAUGGCCCGGCUCGGGGGUGCUGUUCUUAGCUUCUCUGAAGCUACAUCCUCUGUCCAGAAGGGCGAAUCCUUGGCUGACUCAGUGCAGACCAUGAGCUGCUAUGCUGAUGUCGUUGUGCUCCGGCACCCCCAGCCUGGAGCAGUGGAGCUAGCAGCCAAGCACUGCCGGAGGCCAGUGAUCAACGCUGGGGAUGGGGUUGGCGAGCACCCCACCCAAGCCCUGCUGGACAUCUUCACCAUCCGGGAGGAGCUGGGCACUGUCAACGGCAUGACGAUCACCAUGGUGGGUGACCUGAAACAUGGACGCACGGUGCACUCCCUGGCCUGCCUGCUCACCCAAUACCGUGUCAGCCUGCGCUACGUGGCACCUCCCAGCCUGCGCAUGCCACCCAGCGUGUGGGCCUUUGUGGCUUCACGUGGCAUCAAGCAGGAGGAAUUUGAGAGCAUUGAGGAGGCACUGCCUGAUACUGACGUGCUCUACAUGACUCGAAUCCAGAAGGAACGAUUUGGUUCUGCCCAGGAAUAUGAAACUUGCUUUGGUCAAUUUAUCCUCACUCCCCACAUCAUGACCCGCGCCAAGAAAAAGAUGGUGGUGAUGCACCCGAUGCCCCGUGUCAACGAGAUAAGUGUGGAAGUGGACUCAGAUCCCCGAGCUGCCUACUUCCGCCAGGCUGAGAAUGGCAUGUACAUUCGCAUGGCUCUGUUAGCCACUGUACUGGGCCGUUUCUAGGACCUGGCUUCAGCCCAGCUGCUAGGAAAGGAAUCCUAGUGCCCCCCACGGGGGCAGCACACUUAGCAGACACUCUGGGGCGUCCAGGUAGCUCAUGCACACAUGGGGACCAUGCUUCAGGCUCUGGACUGGAGCUCUCUAGGGAAGCAGCCUCAGGUACUGGGGCCCAUCUCCAUUCUUCCACUUCUGAUCUGUACAGUUACUUUUCUACUGACUAAUAAACAGCCGACUGCCUCAGUUCCUGCUUCCUCAUAAGUACCAUGGGCUUUAGCAGAGGUUGCCACUUGGGCCUCUGGCUGGUCUCCAGCCUACCUCAGUUAGGUUGCACUCCAAGUUCUGGCUGACAGCUUUGCCUUCUUCCCAAAUGCUGUGACAAAUGCUCAGGUCAUGAUGAAAGGAAGGCUGCACACUAGGUCCGGGCUGAGGUUUGUUGUCCUCCAGGCCCUUG